CCAUAUCCCUCGGUGUCUCGUCUCUAUUGCGAGAUCCUCUCUCCCGUCGAAUAUUCAUCUGUAUUGCUGUCUGUCGCGGCGCAGUACACCAUGUCUCUUGACCCUCCCCCCUAUCUUGGUUCGCUGCAGAACAACAUCCGCCAGCGUCCCAUUCCCUGGGAUGGCGCAGCGAGAGCAGGCACCAUUACGGAGGGCCAACUAGCCAAGAUUAGAGCCGUUGACAAAGUCCGGAAAGAACAGAGAAAGCAGGUCGUCGAGAGCGAUUUGGAUGGCUAUCGGAUACUUUUUCUUGGAGAACCAGGCAACCCGGGUGUUCUCGAGUCCGCAAGCAGGCGAGCUGAUGUUGUGCAGUACAUUCUCGUCCUGCUGGGCGAUCUGUUGCAAGGCGUUCCCGCUCUCGCGAAGGCUCUUUACAAAGAUUCAGAUCUCUAUCGACACUUUACACCACUACUAGCUCACUCAAACAAUCUCGAGGACCCCAUCCCUCUACUCACGUCCACCGUACUCGCGACACUUAUGUCAAGCGCACAGGAUGUGUCUUCUGCUACGGAACGAUUCCUCCCUUUGAUCCUAAGUUACCUGUGUGGUCUCACCAAGAACUCGAACGAUGCUGGCUUGCAAGAUAUUGCGGUUAUGGAAUACUCGUCCUUGCUGUACAGUCAAACCAAUAGGCAGCUAUUCUGGAAGCAGCGAAGUGAGGCUGUUGCUCCUUUAGUCGAUAUCUUGCGCAAGGCCGCUGGGGUUGGUGCCGAGUCAUCUGCCAGUCUGUGGAGUGGAAACACCACUACGAGAAGUGGCGGUUUGGAGGGUCUGAGCGGCGGAGUUGGAAUUCAACUCUUAUAUCACGUUCUAUUAGUUCUCUGGCAAUUGAGUUUCGAAUCGGAGGACAUAGGUGACGAGAUGAACGACGAGUACGAUAUCAUUCUUCUCUACACCCAGUUGUUACGACUCUCUCCUAAAGAGAAAACAACACGGCUCAUCCUAUCGACGCUGCACAAUCUGCUUGACACUAAUCCAUCUACACUCCUCCCAACAGCUGUGCUGGCUAGAUUGCCAGCGCUACUUCAGAAUGUUGGUGGACGUCACAUGACAGACCCAGAUCUACAGGAAGACCUAGACAAGCUUAAGGAGAUGUUAGAAGAGUAUCAGAAAACAAAGACAACAUUCGACGAGUAUGUGGCUGAGGUCCAAUCCGGACAUCUGAGAUGGUCACCCCCUCAUCGACACCAAGUGUUCUGGACUGAAAACGCUCGCAAGAUUCUUGAGUUCGAGAAUGGCGAGAUCCCAAGAAAGAUUGCAGAUAUCAUGAAAAAGCCUUGGGAAAACGACAAGGCUGUCUUAGCCAUAGCCUGUAAUGAUAUCGGCUGUCUCGUGAAAGAAGUUCCCGAGAAGAGGCACCAAUUGGAGAAAUUGGGACUGAAAACUCGCAUCAUGGAACUUAUGCAAGACUCGGAUGAGAACGUACGAUGGGAAAGCCUGCGUGCCCUCGGCGGCUGGCUAAAAUACAGCUUUGAGAAUAACUGAGCGGCUCGAAGGCUCUCGACUGUGGUGGCUGAAUCUGUCUUA